UCGUGAAAGCGAUCGUUAGAAGCCGUUCAAGAACAGCAGCUAUAGCUGGUGGGAGACAGUGUCUGGUGGAAUUUUGUCGCUAAGGGAAUAUAAAGUUUGUCCUUGGGGAUUCUCGCUAGCACUGGAAUAAACGAAAAUUAAAAACACCAAGUCAUCAAGACAUCAAGCAGUCAAGAAAACACGCAUCGUAGGUGGCUUGAGUUCGACGUCAGUUGUUCUAGGUCUAAAGUUUGUUGUGAAAGAAGUCGGCAGGGCGGUCUCAAGCGGAACCUUAAACGAUGACUUCGUCAAACGCAUCAAACGUUCCAGAACGAUCCAACUCAAGCGUCUUUGUUACGCCCACACUAAACACUAUCCAAUCAAAUAGCUGGAACGGCACGAAUAUUCUAGCCAAUAGUAGCCUAGAUAAUGAAUCGACACUAGAGUUGGUUGCAUGGUGCCUUAUUUAUUCAGUCCUAUUGUUCAUUAUCAUCAUCGGAAAUGCCCUGGCUAUCAUCGUUUUUCGUAGUAACGUAUAUUUUGGUAGAAAAAAGGAGCACUGUUUUUUACUCAGUCUGGCCAUCGCUGAUAUAUUGGUUGGUAUUGCUGGAAUACCACUACAAGUCUUUCUCCUAAUCCUGGAAAAAUCCGGGAAAAUCCCUCGAUAUUUCUUUGUAUUGAACAUAACCUUUCUUACCAGCGAUGUGUUUUUUGGUCAAGCAUCGAUCUUUACUCUUACUGCCAUAGCUCUUGAGAGGCUCUACUCCGUUAUCAAGCCUCAGAAACACCGUAAAGUCAAGAAAAGGACAUAUUGGUAUCUAGUACGACUACCCUGGAUGGCAUCAGCAUUUCAGAGCUUCCUUUAUCUCCUAUCUUUAAACAAUAUUUUACCAUUUGGUGUAGUGUUCCAGUUCAUUGUGAUCUCACUUCUAUUCUCAAUGCUGUCCUUAUGUGUAGCCUAUAUGAGGAUCUGGAUGUCAAUGAAAAGAAGAAAGAAGAAUCAAAACAGCCUAACCUCUCGUCUAGCAAUCCGAAUGAAGUCCGAAUUCAACGCCAACAAGGAGAGAAAGUUAACAGUCGUAGUUGUCAUAGUAACCGGUGCAUUCGUAGUAACUUUUCUUCCCUUUCAAAUCAUGAACUUUGUAUUUUAUAUUUGUCAUCUCAAUGGAUACAUACCCGAUGUCUCGACCUCGUUAGUUAGAUUCGUAAAACUGUUGCAAUAUUCAAAUUCCUUGAUCAACCCCAUCAUCUACUCCUAUAACAUCAAAGGGUUUAGGGUUUGCUUGAAAAGAAAACUAGUGACCUCACUUCAUCUCAGCUGCCUUGGUAUUUACUCCAGUAGAAUGAAUCAAAAGCUCGAUCCAAAAGGAGUUUUUGGGAGUCCAGAAGUGACAAUAAAACCACUAAGAAACAGAAAAAACACCUUAAGUUAGAUAAAUUAAGGACGACUUUUUUUCUGGAUUCCAAUUCCUAUCAGCCCAGAGGUUGUUUCGAGGUUCAAUCUGUGAGUUACCGCACCUUGACUUAAAUCAGUCCAGAGGUUGUUUCAGCUUUCAAUCUGCGAAUUAGCCGCGCCCUAGCUGAUUUAGAUCAGGCCAGAGGUUGUUUCAGAGUUCAAUCUGUGAGUUACCGCACCUUGACUUAAAUCAGUCCAGAGGUUGUUUCAGGGUAUGGAUAGAAUUGAAAAGUGAAAAAAUUGAAGUACACUCUUAAAGGCUUUUCAAGGGUGCAAUUUUUAUUCAAGUUCUCAUUUCCAACCUCUUUGGAAUUACCGCAUUUUUCUAUUGAAAUAAUUAUUUAGUGUCCCCUGUGUCUGGCUAAUACCGAAAUAAUUCUCAAUGAACAAGUGUGUGGGUAAGGUGAGAAUAUGAGAAACAGAAUUCCAAAUAAUAGUGAAUAAUUCUCGGCCUUCUUGCUCAAUCUAUCGCGUAUGCAAACUAUGAAAACUCCCAAAGCAUCGAUUUAUGAAUGGAGAGAAACUGAUCCGGCAGGAUAAAAAGGAUUCCGAAGGUAAAGAAAGAAGUGGUACAAAAGCGCAUAUCGGUAGUGAUAGUGUGCGUGUUUUAAAUAACGAUGGAAAAAAURUAUUUUGGUGAGAGACCCUCUUUCUUCCAUUUCACUUAGGAACACUUAUCCUAUUUUAUUCUUUCCUGGUUUAUCCGUGAAAAGCAUUCAAAUGAAUUAAACCGGCUUAUUUUAGUCUA